GGCGAGUCUCCCGGCUGCUGCUCCGUCUGGGCCCACUGCCUCCACUGCCUGUAUAGCUGCCACUGGAAGAAAUGCCCCAAAGACAGGACACAAACCAGCCAGGUGAAGUACGGAUGAGGUGGGGUGGUGGGGGGCAGAAGUCCAAGGCAGAGGCCACUCGGAGGGGAAAAGAAGGCCAGGUGUGUUCAGAGACAGCGGAGGGGAGGGGAUAGGGAAGGAAGGGGCUUUCUCUCCCAAGGAGGAAAAUCCCCUCAAACAUGGAAAGAACUACCUGCAAAAGCAGAGCACCCCCAUGCCUGGCAGGAAGCCCCCUUGAGCUGCCCUCCACUGGGGACUCUGAGCUGAAGUGGGGCUGGGCUGUGAGCUUCUCUCCUGCCCCUUUGCAGUGCGAAUGCAUCUGGUUUGGCCUGCUCUUCCUCACCUUUCUCCUCUCCCUGGGCUGGCUGUACGUCGUGCUCAUCCUUCUCAAUGACCUGCACAACUUCAAUGAAUUCCUGUUCCAGCACUGGGGACACUGGAUGGACUGGUCCCCGGCAUUCCUGCUGGUCAUCUCUCUACUGGUCACAUACGCAUCCCUGCUCUUGCUCCUGGCCCUGCUCCUGCGGCUCUGUGGCCAGCCUCUGUGCCUGCACACCGCCCACAAGGUGCUGCUGCUCCUCAUUAUACUUCUUGUGGCCGCUGGCCUUGUGGGACUGGAGGUCCAAUGGCGGCAGGAGUGGCACAGCUUACGUCUGUCACUGCAGGCCACAGCCCCAUUCCUUCAUAUUGGAGCAGUUGCUGGCAUCACUCUCCUGGCCUGGCCUGUGGCUGAUACCUUCUACCGUAUCCACCAAAGAGGUCCCAAGAUUCUGCUACUACUCCUAUUUUUUGGAGUUGCCCUGGCCAUCUACCUGGUGCCCCUAUUCAUCUCCUCAGCCUGUAUCAUGGAACCCAAAGACUUACCCCCCAGGCCUGAGCUGAUGGGACACCGAGGGGCCCCCAUGCUGGCCCCCGAGAACACCCUGAUGUCCCUGCGGAAGACAGCUGAAUGUGGAGCUGUUGUGUUUGAGACCGACGUGAUGGUCAGCUCUGAUGGGAUCCCCUUCCUCAUGCAUGAUGAGCGCCUGACCAGGACCACAGAUGUGGCCUCUGUGUUCCCACACCGAGUCAACAGCCACAGUAGCGACUUCUCCUGGACUGAGCUGAAGAGACUCAAUGUCGGGGCCUGGUUCCUACAGAGGCGACCGUUCUGGGGGGCUAAGCAGCUGUCAGGCCCUGAUCGGAAAGACGCUGAGAAUCAGACAGUGCCAGCCCUGAAAGAAAUACUGAAAGAAGCUGAAGCCCACAACCUUUCUGUCAUGUUUGACCUGCGCCGCCCCCCACGAAACCACACAUACCAUGACACUUUUGUGAACCAGACAUUGGAGACUGUGCUGAGUUCAGGGGUGCCCCAAGCCAUGGUCCUCUGGCUACCGGAUGAAGAUCGGGCUCAUGUCCAACAACAGGCCCCCCAAAUGCGCCAGAUAUAUGGACAUCUGGGAGGCCACAGCACUGAGAGGCCCCAGUUUCUCAACCUCCCCUAUCAAGACCUGCCACUGCUGGAUAUCAAAGCACUGCACCAAGAUAAUGUCUCGGUGAACCUAUUUGUAGUGAACAAGCCCUGGCUCUUCUCCCUACUCUGGUGUGCAGGGGUGGAUUCGGUCACCACCAAUGACUGCCAGCUGCUGCAGCAGAUGCGUUACCCUGUCUGGCUUAUUCCCCCUCAAACCUACCUAAUGAUGUGGAUCAUUACCAAUUGUGUCUCCAUCCUGCUGCUUUUGUGGACCUUCCUCCUCCAACGGAGAUGUGCUAAGGAGAGAGAGAGAACCGGUAAGAACUUUCUCCCCUCACCUCAUUUUUCUCCUCCUCUAGCCUUCCCCUUGCUCACUCCCUAUAUGCCCCUCUCCCCAGGCUUAGAAACAGCAGUGCUGCUGACCAGGAUCAACGCUUUCAUAAUGGAGUGAACACCCUGUCAU